GUUGGCCAGCGUCUGUGUGUGUGUGUAUGAGCCAGAAUAUAGCAGUGCACGUUAGUGUCGCUUCAAGCGUUAGGCCUUAGGCUAACCCAUCUGCUUUUAAUAGCUCCAAAAGUUUGCUAAGGAUCGAUACGCGGCACAGGCGGCACGACACGACACUGCGCGGGGCUAGUGGGAGCGGCGUGCCUGGCGGCUGGCUUCCCCAGUAGGCCCGAUCCGUGCCACCAGCUACGUGAUCGAGACGAGCGAGUGCGCGUCCGGAGAACCGUCCUUUGGAACCGACCACUGAGUCAGGGUGUGACCGGACCAUCUCUCUAUCGGCAAUGGGACGGACGGCGAAAGGCAACACAGACGAACAGGAGAUUGGCGAGGCGCGAAAUUUCGGCCUACCGGACAUGCUGUACGAUGUGGCGGCCCGGGUAGCGACGACGCGCGUUGGACAGUUCGCGUACAAGCGCGUGGACAAUCUGCUGUGGACGGUCGAGAAAACGGCCCGCUGGUCACUGCCGCAAUCGUUUCCGGCGGAGGUGGGAUUGGCCGCCACGAGGGCGUCGGCCCCCGGCGGCGACGAUGAAGACCUGAAGGCCAGCAACAUCUCGGGCCCACCGCUCGUACGGCCACUACCGUGGUUGCUCUUUCUCCCGGCGCUAAUCCUGUUGCGCAUGAUCCGCACGACGCUGUCCGUAGCCACGCUGGCGAUCGGCCGUGGCCCGGUGCUUCCUUCGGCGAUGGUUGGCUUCCUGCAGAACAAGCGCCGCAAACUACGUGCCCUCAAGUACCGAGGGCAGCGGCUUCAGCGUAUCCGAAAGGUUGAACGAGAAGGCGGCCAGCAGCGGGCCACGUGGUUCGAGCGAUUUCGCACACUCGAACCGCUCCGAAUGCUGCUCUGCUCCUCGCGACCGUACGUGGAUGCCAACUCAGACGUGGCGCACGCCAUCGUGUUCCGGAAGGAUCGACCGACUCACCGACCGAAACGCACCGCCGCAAAGAAGCGCAGCCUGAACCAGCGGGAGGCGGACAGCGACGGAGAAACCGGCAGCGAUCACGAUUCCUGCGAGGAUGCAAACUGCCAGGAGUUGCUGGAAAAGUACGCUCACGUGGCCGACGAUUCCAGUUUCAACGUUGAGGAUGUGACGUCGGCCUCCGAUACCACGGACAGCUGCGCUUCCGACGUUGAGCCAUCGCCGAAGAAAAAUAACGUCGAAACAGGACCUGCGGCCGAACAGCACCAACAAAAUGGCGGACAACACAAGGGCCACAGCAACAGCAAGAGCGACCUCGAAUCGCCAGUGGCAAAGGCCGACGAGCCGAGUAAAGUGCCACCGUCCAAGAGUAUGGACGCCGCCAACCGCUCCAAAUCAGCGACUGGCUUGGAAAACUCAUCCGCUACGGCGGCCACGUCGAGCGAUGCCAAGCUGACCAGCUCCUCCUCGACGCCCUCGAAAAGCAUUCCGAAUCUGUCCAGCUCGCCGGAAAACAACGAAAAUAAACCGCUUAACCAGAACGUUCCGGGAAAAGCGUCAUCAUCAUCGUCGCCCCAGUCCGGCCGCAAGAUAGUAGCUGUGGCUCCGGCAACCAAGCAGUCCCCGAGCGCCGCACAGGCUGAUGGUAGUCGAAGCAGCAGCGUUCAGCAGCAGCAGCAUAAGCCAGCCAGAUCACAGCCGGUAGCCACAACAACGCAGCAGCAGCAGCACCAGCAACACCAGCUGCCGCAACAGCAACCAUCGCAACAAUAUUUUAGUAAUGGCGGCAAAAAUCGGCCCAAAAAGCCCACGAACCACUCGGUCGCGUAGGUCUCUCGGUCCAGGAGUGGAUUGCUUGUUUUGUAUAAAAGUUAUAUGUUUCUUUCUCUCUACACUACACACACGCAACACGGUAAAAAUGUUCUAUUGGUGUAAGCGUUGUGAAAACAGGGUGUAAUAUGUUAUCUUAUCAUUGUGUUCUA